AUGAAUUUGCUCAAACAUCAUUUACCAAGUACAUCUGCUAAAUAUUUAUAUUUAUUUUUUGAUUUACCGGAAGUUUCAACAACAAAUCAUUCAAAUAAUGAUACUAUAUCACCUAAAGAAAAACGUAUAUCACUUCAACAAAUUUUUUUUUCAAAUGCUCGAUGUAUAUCUCAAUGUGUGAAUAAUUUACGUCAAGAAACAUGGGAUCUAUCAUCAGUAGAUAUGGCACAUGUUUAUGAAACAUUAAUAUGUUUAUUAAUCGAAUCAGCAUCAUUAUCACCUAGUCUUAUGAAUGAUUUUCGUCUUGCACAUUGUUAUGUUCAUAUGAAAGAUAUUAUUUUGAGACUGGAAAAUGAAUGGAUUAAUGAUGAAUCUGAAAAAUUAUUUGCAGGUUUUAUUACAUUACUCGGGGAUUUUACUUAUGCAGGUUAUCAUGAACUUAAAUUACCUGCUAGACCUGAAACAAUUUUUGAUAUUCCAAAUUUUGUUAUGCCACAAUCGAAAAACACCGAUGCUCUUCGUGAAUUGGGUUUUAUUGAAGUACUUAUCACACGUUUACAUCAUUUUGCAAUGUUACUUAAAGAAUCAGUACAAGAUCUAAAUGAUAAAGGUGAUAAUAUGAAUCAAGAAGAAAAAGAAUUAGGUUUUAUGGUUGUGGAAGCAUUAGCUUUACUUUUAUCACAUAAUCAAAAAAAUGCUAAAAUCUUUCGAGAACAUGAUGGUGCAAGACUUGCACGUAAUAUAAUUCCAUAUCGAUUAUGUCGAGUAGCAGCUUUAACUGUUGUACUUCAUUUAGUUCUAUGUACUGGAGGUGAAGAUGAUACAGGAGCAUUAUUAGGUCUUAUUCAUACAGCAAAAUUAGAAAAAUUAGAAAUGAAAUCAGUUAUUCUUAAAGGAUUUCUUUAUAUUCUAUCAUUAAUCAAUCCAGUAUCAAAAAAUGAACCAGUCAAAUCUGGAACAUCAAUUGAUAAUACUGAAGAGUCAGUCAGUAGUCCACUUUUUCGUAUCGGUACAUUUAGUAUGCCAACAACAACACGAACAUCAGCAACAUUUACAUUUCCAUCUUAUAUGGAAAAACCAAUAAUUGUUUAUCCUGGUGCUAUUGUUUGUUUUCUACAAAUUAUUGCUUGUAUACCACGAAUGAUUGAUGAACAGAUAAGAACAAAAACAUAA